AUGUUUCAAAAGGUUUUUAUAGAAACUUUGGUUCUCUUCCUUCUCAUCAGUUGCUUGACCCAAAUCAAUGUGUCCGCACAAUACUCUCAAUAUCAGCAGUCCCAUGAUUCUCCUGAUAGCUACCUCAGACCACACAAUGCAGCCCGAGCUGCGGUCAAAAUCAAGCCUCUUAGAUGGGACUCUGGUAUAGCCAAUGUGGCUCAGGAUUACGCAAACCAACUAGCGGCCGGGUCAUGCAGUCUCGAACACUCCUCUGGACCAUAUGGAGAGAACCUUGCGUUGGGCAGUGGAGACAUGUCGGCCGCUCAGGCGGUUUCGAUGUGGAUAAAUGAGAAGUCGGAUUAUGAUUAUUACUCAAACUCGUGCCAUGGUUCCGCGUGUGGACACUACACGCAGGUCGUAUGGCGUGGGUCAGCUCGACUCGGUUGUGAUUUGACCCAAGCUCAAAGGCUUCUCUGUCUCUUCUCUCAGGUUAGAAAAUCGGAGUAUGGUAUUUGUAUUGCUGUGAGAAGACUGAAGAAAGGAUAG